CGGGUGAGUUCAAACUGUUACUUGGCCUCGACAAAUGUCCAUAUAUCCACAAAGGCGGACAACUGAUCUCACGCAAAAUGCUAAAAAAAGGAAGAUGACUGAAGGUGAGCCGCAUUUGGAGGUGGAGAAGAACAUCAUGGCACGUCUGGUAGCUGUUUGCAGGGAAAAUGAGGAGGACUACCCUUUUCUUGCCAGACAGAUCCCCCUGUAUAUCGAUGACGUUUGGACGAUGGUGAUGGAGUUUCCUGAGAGUGGCAUGGAUGUGGACAGACAUGUAAUUAGUACUUCCCAUUGGAAACAAUUUGCAGAGGGUCACCACAAGUUGACGCAGCAGGACCUGACGAUGGCCCUGACGGUGCCAUCAAGGGACUUGUACAGAGCAUUAUCCCAGAUGGUGCCGUGCGUGGGUUGCAGACGCAGUGUGGAGCGCCUCUUCUCCCAUUUAGUGGAGUCGGGGACCCCGGCCUUAGAGCCGCUCACAGUGAAGCCCACAGGAAUGCUGUCUGUCACCAGGGCUUGUUUAGCAGAUAUCAAGAAGCUAUACAGCCUCUUCUACAUCCAAGGGUCAAAGUUGAACGAUGUGAUUAACGCCAUUCCCAAAAGUAAAAAGAGCAACCGAUGUCAGUUGCACUCCUUGGACACAAACAAACUCAGACCUUUGGGGGGGAGCUGGAUCGACGUGUGGGAGCGAAUGUCUCAGGAGUGCCGGGAUGAGGUGGUCCUUGUCGACAGUGCCUGUCUUUUGGAGACACUGGAGACGCACUUGCAAAAACACAUGUUUUGCACUGACUGUAAGAAUAAAGUGCUGAGGGCAUACAACAUCCUGGUUGGGGAGGUGGAAAGUAGUGAAGAGAAGGACUACUGCGCUGCGUUGUAUGAGGGACUGUGCUGCUGCCCUCGCGAGCACCACAUCCACGUGUGCUAUGAGACUGACUUCAUCGCUCAUCUCCUCGGUCGAGCUGAGUCGGAGUUUGCCGGAGGCUACGAGGAGAGACAUGCCAAGACCAUUGACAUUGCACAAGAAGAAGUCCUGACUUGUUUGGGCAUUCAUCUCUAUGAGCGACUGCACAGAAUCUGGCAGAAACUACGAGCAGAAGAGCAGACGUGGCAGAUAUUGUACCAUCUGGGCGUUGAUGAACUGCGCAAAAGCUUUGAGAUGGCAGUGGAGAAGAUUCAGGGGUUCAGUCGACUUGAGCAAUUUGUGGAGGAGCAGUCUGAGAAGGAGCGAGCCAGACAGCUCAAGCAGGAGAAGAAGAGACAAAAACGGAAAAUUCGACGCAAAAACAGGUGCGGCUUUGACAUCCAGGAGGAAGAGCUCAAGGAAGAGAAGAAUCACAAGGAGGGUUCUCUCGAGGCUGAGGAGCGUCGUUGCAGCGCAUGUGGGAGCCAUGGUGAGGGGGAGUCUGUCUGUGAGAACAGUUCUGCUAAUACAAGCGCAUCCUCCAGCUGUCCAGGUAAACAAGAUUUGACUUCCCACAGCACUGGUAGCGAUUGUGGCUACUCCUCAAGCAUUGAGGGCAGUGAGAACGGGUCACGAGAAGGUUCCGACAUCGCCUGCUCCGAGGGACUCUGCAACCAUGAUGAAAGAGGUGAGUCAAACGAACAUGACUACGCCGAAGACAGAGAAGAGGAGGCCACAGACAGCUGUGUUGACUGCUGGCCACAGGCUGAGGAAAAGCCACAAUGCAAGAGUAAAAAGAAGAAAAGAAAGGGGAAUACCUUAUGUAGGAAUCAGAGAUAUAAACAUGAAGGCUGUGCAUCAGGGGGAAAGAUGAGUCACAGUGCGCCAUCAUCUCAAGCAUGCCAAACCAAAGAUCUUAACUCCUCCUUAUGCUGUGAUAAGACAGAAGAUAGUUUUCCACUAGACUUACCAUGGAUGGAACAUGGGAGGAACCUCAGCCUUAAUGCAAAACACCCAGAGGCCAACAUGAGUCUAAUGGACCUCCUGGAUGACUCUGAAGUGACUUCAGAUGAGGAGAGCUGUCUCACCCAGGAUGAAAUUCAGGCAUUUCUAGAAAGACAUCAGUUGUUCUACAACAACCGCCACAAGUACCGACAGCACCUUAAGGACAAGUUCACCAGAUACUGCUGCGCCACUGAGAGAAAGACCGUCUGCGGCAACUGGUUUGCCACCACCGGCGUGAAUUAAGUACACUCAUGACAUCUCCAGGAAAACCCUCACGACCACUGCUGCAACAAAUACAGAAGAUUCUUAUCUUUGGUGUUUGAUUUUCUCAUUUGUCUUUUUAUCAAAUGUGAUUUGUCGCAUCUCAGGUUUGCACUCGUAAGAUCCGACUCCUAAUUUCCAACUUCCAUGGUGUUGAUUCUCAUUGACCGAGCCUGGAAACUCAGUGGUGGUUGUGGGUUUUCGGACUCAAAAGCACAUUGGAACGGCACAUCAAGCUUUGUAAUCUGGGACGACUUGUUCAUGUUUUAGUCUACGGGAGGGUUCUCUUUGUUUCACAUUCUCUUUGGUGAUGGCUGCACUCUUAAGUGUGUACAGAAAUUCUAAAUAGGUUUUAAGAGAUUAACAUCCACUUACAAUGAGCAUUUGGGUGUGACAUGAAGAGCAGAAUGUGAAAAUUGAUUAAAUAAAGGAUAUUUAUUAAUCUGCA